UAGUUGCUCAAAAUAAAGUUUACUAUCUUUUUGCAGUUAUAAUACAUAGUAGAAAACAUUAAUGAGGCCAGGAAGGUCACGGAAAAAAAGGAGGAAUGAAAGUACGUGGAAAAGAAACAAAGCUAAUAGAAUGAAGUUAGUAUUUUUGUUCGAUCCUGUUUUAAAACCAAUUUACGCAAAUUAACAAUCAUAAUAUUUAUCUUGAUGUUUGCUAAUGUAAUAUUAAUGAUUGUUAUUGUUGAGGAUAUUCCGCAAAGGGUUUACUGAAGCGUAUAAAUUGUCAAAAUCCUAAUAAGUCACGAUUCAAAUGCAGCGAAAUAACAAUGCAGGAUGCAAGGAGAACGAACCAGAACUUCUACCAGGAACCCGACAGGCAAGUACAAAAUUCGUUUCUUUUUAAAUAUGCAACAGUUGAGACACCAGCCCGGAAAAGAUCCCGCAGUGAUUAUUUUGACAAAUCAGUGACAACAAAAUAUUAUCUGCCAAAAAAACGUGAGGGCCGAGCAGUAAACGUACAUGUAUGCAAACAAAUGUUCCUAGAGGUUUUCCAAAUCAGAAGAUCACGACUUCAGAACUUAUGUAAGAAAUUUUUGGUGGAAGACAUUCUGCCUAAAGAAAAAAGAGGUGGUGACACUAGUGAGAAGUAUGGUGAAAGGAAACAAUCGGUUAAGAGCUUCAUUGAGACAUAUAAACCCAUACAGAGUCACUACACCAGGUCAAAAACUGUAGCAAAGCAGUAUCUCCCUAGCAGUUUGAGCAUUACUGCAAUGUGGCAGCAAUAUAAUGAAGUUCAUGAAGAAGAUUUACAUGUGACGUAUGAAUAUUUUAGAACUAGUUAUGUUACUGACUACAUCAGUUUUGUGAUACCUGCAACUGAUAUUGCUGUUCCACUUGUUUGCGACUGAAGGAAGUAAUCAAAAACUGUACAGACCAUCAGAGAAUAGGUGAUCUGAAAACAGAACUUAAAGUCGGCCACUGAAGACAGUAAUUUUGGUGUUUCCCAUUGUUGGAUAUUCCUUCAUCCCGCCAGAUCGCGUGUUUGGAAAAAUUGAGCGUGCUCUUAAGAAGAUUCCAGAAAUUGUUGCCCCUAUAGAAUAUGAAACUGUGAUUAGUAAAUUUGGAUCUGUUAAUCAUCUAGGAGAUACUUGCUCUGUUUAUGACUCGAAAUCAGCAGCAGAGGAUGUUCUGAAACCAACAAGCUCAUGGCAUUUCCAAUUCCAAAAGUCCAAAAGGAUGAUUCUCACUCGCUCCAAAGACGGGAAUGUAGUAGUCCAGGGAGAGCCACAUUUCAGAAUAGAGAUUGGAGAACCGAAGAGCAUUGUGAAGAGGUGAAAACGUGCAAGAAAUUUGGAGCCAACAACCAUAGCGAAGGGUAUUCAAAUUGGAAGACCUAAACGGGACGAUGUAUGCAGGUUACUGAUGACACAUUAUGGCGAACAAUGGGAAAGUGUUGAAAGGCUAAAGUACUACAAAACUGUUCUACACGCUAAUGAAGAUGCUGCAGAAGUUGAAAAUGAUUCCGACUUUGAUGUACUUCCAGAAGAAGAUGUCGCAAUUCAGAUUUAAGCCUGGGUUCGUUGGCUAUAACUAUUUUUGUAAUACUUCAUUGUUAGUCCUAAGUGUCAGUGUUUUACAAGACUGUUUAGCAAGUUGAUAAAACAUACUGACAUACAGAAUCAGACAAUGAUUGUGCAUAAUUGAUGCAGUAGAUCGCUGGAAAAUGUGACAAACUCUAUUAUUUUGUUUGUUUUAUUUUUUAUUUAUUGCUAGUUCAAAGUGUAAGUUAGUGUUUAUAAUACAGUUUAACAUGUUAAUGAAAAGUACACGAGGAGCAAACAUCAGGCAAUGAGUGUAUGUUUAUGCAGCAGAUUGCAAAAAAUUUGUUCCAUUUAUUUAUUUGUGAUACAGUCAAGUGCCCAUACUUGGGACAUAUCCCUAAUUUGGGACAAUUUGGGAUGAUUGAUUUUUCAUAUUGGCAUACCUGAUAGCACUCUGUCAGUCUGUAACAGAAAUGUUUACUUUGUAGUGGGGAUGUGUAGCUAUCACAUGGUGUGUGUAUAUAAAGAUUUGGUACACUCUUAGAGAUUCUGUAUGGAUCACUGAGGAAAUAUGGCUACAGCUGUUAAAAAAGUUUAUCAUAAUUUUGACCAAGACACUCUUGAACGUGCUGCUAAAGCUGUUAAUGAUGGCAUGAGUUAUAGAAAAGCAGAACAAAAAUUUGGAGUCCCUAAAUCAUCCAUACAACGCAAAGUUAAAAAUGUACAGCAACAUCCAUAUGGUCGCCCUCCUGUUUUGAGUGAAACAGAAGAAAAGCAGAUCGCUGAAUACUUGGCUUUGGCAGGGGAGUGGGGAUUUCCCCUUACAGCUUUUGACAUCAGAUGUAUAAUCAAAAAAUACCUGGACAAGAAGGGCAUGGUCGAACCUCGUUUCAAAAACAAUUUGCCAGGAAAAAAGUGGAUUAAAUGUUUUCUGGCCAGGCAGUGUGUGCAAUUGAAAUAUAGAAUGUGUACUAACAUUAAAAGAUCCCGGGCGGCAGUUACUCCUGAAGCUAUACAGGCAUACUUCGAGGAAUUGUCUGUUUCACUGGCAGAUGUUCCAGCAGAAGCUAUACUGAACUACGAUGAGACGAGUAUGCAGGACAACCCUGGACAGGCUAAAGUGGUUGUAAGAAGAAAAUGUAAACAUCCAGAAAGAAUAAUUGAUUUCACUAAGUCAACUUUUUCUGUAAUGUUUUCCGGUUCAGCUAGUGGUGUGGCACUUCCACCCUAUGUGGUGUACAAGGCUGAGAACUUAUAUGACACAUGGACUGAAGGUGGACCCCCUGGCACAAGAUAUAAUAGGAGCAAAUCAGGUUGGUUCGAGGGCAAUAUAUUUCAGGAUUGGUUCCUAACAAUUGCUCUACCUUACCUCAAACGGUUAGGUGAUGGGCCAAAAGCUGUCAUAGGUGAUAAUUUGGCCAGCCAUAUUUCUGCAACAAUUCUGAAAUUAUGUGUUGACAACAACAUUCGUUUCAUUAUGCUGCCACCCAACAGCACCCACAUAUGUCAACCCUUGGAUUUGGCUUUUUUUAGCCCUCUUAAAACAGCAUGGCGGAAGCAGUUGACUGAAUGGAAGAUGAAAAACAAGGGGUCAGUAAGAAAAGAUCAGUUCCCUAGGCUUUUGAAAAAGACUUUGGAUGCCAUUGGUGAUAACAUUUCCACAAAUUUGAAAUCUGGAUUUAAGAAGAGUGGCAUUUUCCCUGUGGACAAGCAGAAGGUUCUUGAAAGCUUGCCAAGCACAUCAUCUGCAAAUGAAAGUGAUGUAGUAACUGCUACAGUAGCAUUGAAGUCUUCAUUUGAGGCAUUCUUACAACAAUCACGUGAAAAAGAAACAGGUGUAAAGCAAAGAAAGAAAAAGUUAAUCGUGAAUGCGGGGAAAAGCUUGGCUGCACAAGAUGUUCUAGAUGAAUUGCAGAAACGUUCACAGCCAAAAAGUAAACAAACCACAAAGCAGCAGAUAAACACGGGUGAGAAGGAAAAGUCCAAAGUGAAGAAAAAGAGAGGUUUGUGUCAAAAUAUUUUAAAACAAUCAGUUAAGAAAAUGAAAAUGAAGCAGAAAAGUGACACUUCUGAAGACAGUGAUUGCGAAAUUUCUCUACAUGAUAGUAACUCGUCAUUCGGUGAAGAUUUCUCGACACUGUUUGAUGAUGACAUUCAAGAAAUGCUAGAGAGGGAAACAUUAAGUGAGCAGAAAAUGGUUUAUGAAGAUGUUGAACCAAUAGAAACUGUUGAUAUUUGUGGACAACAAGCAGCGACCUCCAUGAAAGAAAAUGAUUUUGUUGUUGUUGAAGUUACUUAUGACAAAGGGAAAAAAUAUGAAUGUAAGAAAGUGUUCAUUGGCAAAAUUGUAGACAAGAAAAAUUCAAGAUACAAAGUAAGCUAUAUGAGAAACUAUUUAGGAUCAAAAGACGGUUUGUUUUCCCAACUGUAGAGGAUAUCGAAGAUGGUGUUCCUAUUCACAGGAUUAAAAAGGUGAUCACACCCCAGAGCGAAAAUAGAGGACGAUUCAAGUUUCUUUUUUGAAAUGCAUUUUGAUGCAGAGUUCCUCCUAUCAAAAAGACUGGAAAAAAAGACUGAAAUGUUACAUAACUGUUUUGUUUAUAUGUAAGCAAAGCUAUUGAAAUAUUAAUACUAGGCUAUAUUUAUUAUCAAAUAAUUGUUGUUUAGUGAAUAGUCAUGUUGGGUGUCUAGAUGUAUCUCCAACCAUUACUUUAUAGCCUACUUUGUAAGCCAUUCUUUUUUAAACAAAAUUAUGUUGUCCUAUGUUAAAUUACAGGCUUCUUAGCAUGGUACACUGUGUGAAACACAUGAUGUCCCAAGUUAGGGGUAGUGGUUCCUUACUUGGGACAACACUGUUUUUCACUGGUGGGGAGGAGAGGGAAAGCUUUUUCGAAAAAACAUUUAAUUAUUCAAAAAGUACUAAAGUCCUUCAGAAACAAGUCAUGCACUAUUUGUGCUUUAAAGCUUAAUUUAUUAUGUUUAUUUGAGUUCAAAGUUCAAAACUGUCCCAAGUAUGGGGACUUGACUGUACAUCAUAUUUUUAGCAAUCAAAGUCAAUAUUGGUUAAUAUUUUAUGUUCAUUAAUAAUAAAUAUAUCUUCAAACUAUAAAACUUAUCCCUUGUAUGAAUUUAAUAAAAAAAUGU